AGCCAUUAAAAAAAUAAAAGACAGUUUCAGUGGGUUAAGGAAUGGAUGCCAACCGUUUUACGAAGAAGCUGAUAAAUCCUUGUAGAAAAUGUUCCGUGGGAGAUACUAUUCUUAACAUAUAAGAAUCUCCUUGCGAGCCAACCAGCAAGUGGACUCAGCAAUCAUAAGGUUUUACAAGGAGGGAAAUGGACGCAUGGAAGGAAUACGGGGCUGGAUGCGCCGCUGGAAUCGCUACUGUCAUCACCGGCCACCCAUUCGACACCGUCAAGGUUAAGCUGCAGACACAAAAUACAGAAGCCCAUUCUUAUAAGUACCGAAAUGCAUUACACUGCACAACACACAUUCUGAAGACAGAAGGCGUGAAGGGUCUCUACACUGGGGCAACCUCAUCUUUUGCUGGCAUGGCUAUGGAAAGCUCACUUCUAUUUGGCGUUUAUUCUCAAAUGAAGUUAGCUUUGCAGGGAGGAGAUCCUGGCAGCGGCAGGCCCAAACUUCAGAUUGUUGUUCCUUCUGCGGCUGUUGGUGGAGCAUUAAUAAGUUUUGUACUGUGCCCAGCAGAGUUGAUAAAGUGUAGAUUGCAAGUUCAGGAGAAAGACAAUAGGCAACUGAAAAAGCAUCCCCAGAGAUAUGCUGGGCCUCUGGACUGUGCACUGCAAACUCUUAGAAAUGAAAAGGUACAAGGUUUGUUUCGUGGUGGCCUAACUACAUUUUUGAGGGAGUCAAUAGGAAAUGCAGUUUUCUUCAGUACUUAUGAAUUGACUCGUUAUCAUAUGCUUUCAAUUAUUAGUGUGCAUGCUAAGGUGAAUCCCCAAAUGGAUUCCCAGUCUUCUCAAUUUGUCAACUAUUCUUCUAAAAUUGUUAUAGAAGCAGGAGUUGGAGUUGUCUCUGGUGGGCUUGCAGGAAUUGCCUUCUGGUCAACAAUUUUGCCUCUUGAUGUUGCAAAAACCCGUAUUCAAACAGCUCCUGAUAUUAACGCCAGCAGGAAUCCAAUAUACACAAUCAGGAUGAUUUAUAGAGAACUCGGUUUCAGAGGACUAUAUGCUGGUUUAGGGCCCACAUUAGUGAGAGCUUUCCCUGCUAAUGCUGCAGCGAUUGUCACUUGGGAAUUCACAGCAAAUUUACUGGGGGUGAAACGUUAGUAAGAGCAACAUCUUCAGAAAAGAAUCUUAAGAUGCUCUACGAUCUGCCACUUCUGAAGUCUCAAGAACAUGAUGAAAAUUGGUGUAAUAAUUCGAAUUUAAAGACAAGGUGGUGUAGAAGUUGGAAAGCUAACCAAGUGAUCUUCUCUCUUCCAUUCUCAACCCAGAGUUACAAAAAAUGAGGUGCCUAUGUAUACACUACUUUGAUUAUUUACAUCAAACUUACAAAUUUACAAAUUUACAUGGAUAUAUGGUGUUCGGUUUUACUAUUAAAAUUAGUGUUUUUGCCAGUCUA